AUGAAUCGCGAGAAUCUUUACGGAUAUAAUCCGUCCAUUGCGGCGGCUGUGAUCUUCAUCCUCCUCUUCACAGCAACAACAGUGUACCAUAUUUGGCAAUUAACGAAAUCACGAUGCCGUUACUUCAUUCCUUUUGUGAUUGGUGGAAUCUUUCAAAUUAUUGGAUACAUCUGUCGCGCUGAUGCCAACAACAAUCUGAGCUCCGUCACUAUCUACGCUAUACAAUCCGUCUUGAUUCUUCUCGCUCCACCUAUGUAUGCCGCAUCAGUAUACAUGGUUCUCGGAAGACUAGUGCACUACCUCAAUGCUGAAAGUCUGUGCAUCGUCCGUGUGAAAUGGAUGACGAAGAUCUUCGUCUCUGGAGAUGUCUUCGUCUUCCUUCUCCAAGCAGGCGGUGGCGGUCUCAUGGCUAGUCAUAAAACAAGCACCCGUAACACAGGCUCCAACGUCGUGAUGUUUGGUCUAGUUGUUCAACUUCUCUUCUUCGGUUUCUUCGUCGUCACAGCUGCGAUAUUCCAUUUCCGUAUCUCCAAAUACCCCACAACAAAAGCCGCGUCGGAUAUCCAGAGGACAACCGGACAGGGCUGGAAGCAGCGUAACUGGAAGACAGUGCUCCUGGCGCUGUAUGCUGUUUGCACGCUGAUUCUCAUUCGAUGCAUCUACCGCCUUAUCGAGUAUAAGUAUGGAUAUUCUGGAUAUCUCAUGACACAUGAGGCUUUCACUUAUAUCUUUGAUGCACUGCUCAUGUUCGUCGCUAUGGUGAUUAUGAAUGUGUACCAUCCGGCUGUUAUUCUUGGAGAUGGGAAGAGCUAUAUGAUGCAUGGUUCAGAGGGAAUGCGUCUUUAG